AUGAUGGUUAUUGGAAAUUCAAGUGUGAAACGACAUUUAAAUGACGGUAAAGUUAUGCUAAAUGAUGGUCAUAUAGUGAAAGUGAUUAUAUCAGGUAACAAUGAUGGCGAUCAAGUUCAAGACGAAUGUGAUGAUGAAGAUGAGAUAUCUGAUUCAAUGCAACAAAUAUUACAAAUGCCAACAAAUAUGUUUUCCACACCUGCUCCAUAUCGACGUCAAGUAACAUCAAUGAACCGUUCUCACUCUCCUGAUUUGAUAUUUUCUGGUAUUCAUCUUGCUUCAUCGAAACGGUUGGCAAGUGAAAAUCGUUCUAAUCCUUCAACGAAACGUCGUGUUGAUCAUUCAUCUUUUCCUCAAAAGUCGAGUCAAGUAACUACAGUAGUAUCUUCGUCCGACGACGAUGAAGAAUUAAUGAAUAUUGAUGAUAAAGUAUCGCUACGUCGUAUAUUUCAUGAAUUACAAAACACACAAACAAAUCUACGAGAUGCUCGAUCAGAUAAUCGUGAUAUUCAUCAACAAUUAACAAAAUUAACACAAAAAAUGAAUCAUUUUAGUUCAAUUAUAUCAGUGAAAAAUAAUCAAGAUCUUGAUCGUUAUCGUGAUUCAGAUAGCAAAGAAAUUUUUCAAGAUGAAAUUACAUAUGAAGGUCGUAAUUUACUGGAAGUACCAGCAAGAAAUGCCGGUGAAUAUGCUAGAAAUUUGCUAAAAAUAUUAUUCAAACCUCAUGAAUUACAGUCAAGUUUAUUACCGUCACAGCACUCGAAAAAAUAUUCGAAGGCAGAAUUAGAUUCGGAACGAAUUGAUCUUUUAAAUGAUGCUGUUCGUACACGAUAUCGAAUUGUGAAGCAUUAUUAUACAAGUUUUUACAAAGAUAGAAUUCAAGAAUCAUUAGCUAAUUGUGUGUACAACGAAGGAACACGAAAACCAAGAAAACAAGCGAUUCAGCAACAAAAUGGACAAGUUUACUUAAGUUUAAUGGAAAAAUGUUUACUAUAUCAAAGUAAAGUGUUAGAAAACUUUUAA